UCUCUCUCUCUCUCUCUCUCACUGGCAAACACACAAACACUCUCUCUCUCUCUCUCUCUCUCGCACAUAAUUACCAAUAUUGAGUGAUCAGUGAGUCUCACUCUAUUUUGGGACAACGAUAGCUCUCUGCUAUCACAGCCAUGGAUGAAGAAUACGAUGUUGUAGUGCUUGGGACAGGUCUCAAGGAAUGCAUUCUCAGUGGUCUACUCUCUGUUGAUGGACACAAAGUUCUGCACAUGGAUAGAAAUGAUUACUAUGGAGGAGAGUCCACCUCACUAAAUCUCAACCAGCUCUGGAAGCGAUUCAGGGGCAGUGACACACCUCCAGAACAUUUGGGCUCAAGCAGAGAUUACAACGUCGAUAUGAUCCCCAAGUUGGAAUUCUCAAACGUUAAAUGGGUUUCUGAAAUUUCAUACCAUAGGCCUACUGGGAAUUAUGCUGGGCACAAAGAUGGCAUAGGAUCACCAAGGUUGGAGAGUAAGAGACUUGAGGCAACCAAACUGGAGAGAGAGAGAGAGAGUAGCAGUGAGGGUAAAGCCUCGCAUAGGGAGAAUGACCUCUUAAAGGAGAUACACCAAACUGGUAUGUGGUAUAUCUCAGUGGAGGGAAUGACCUCCUUAUAUGGUAUAGUUUUAGCUGCCGAGCCACAAGUCCCUGGUGGAUAA